CCUUCCAGCAAGAGACAUGAAUCACCGAGUCCCUCCUACUACCCGCGGCCGGGAACAUGCGCACAGACUGAGGCAGGAGGCGGCGGGUGCGGGGGGAGAGGUGGCUCGGUGCAUAAAAAGGAGCCGUGAUGGGGCCAAGGGCAACAACGGUCAGAUCUUGCCUCUCGCUCUGGGUUGGCUGCCUCGAUCGCCUUUGCUUGCAUCGACUCACGCAAUGGACCUGAUCUCUGGAAACUCGCGGGGUUUGUUGGUGGCGGCGGCCUCGCUCUUGUUGCUUCUUCUGGGGCAAGUCUGUCCCCAGGAGGUGCUGAAAGAUGGAAGAGAAACCUGUCUGCUGCCACCACUCAAAGGAUCAUGCCGAGCUCUAAUUAGCAGUUGGUACUAUGACAAAUACACACAGACGUGCAAGGAGUUCACAUAUGGGGGCUGUGAGGGGAACGGCAACAACUUCGAGAGUCAGGCAGCCUGUUGGAAAGCUUGCCGGUUGAUCCCAAAAGUGCCCAAAGUCUGCAGACUGGAACCUGAUGUAGGACCAUGUAGAGCUCUAUUCCCAAGAUAUUUCUUCAACAUAUCUUCAAUGACAUGUGAGACAUUUGAAUAUGGAGGAUGUCAUGGAAAUGAGAACCAAUUUGAAGAUAGAAAAUCCUGUAUGGACUACUGCUUGCCUGUGAAAACUGCCCCCUUGCUUUGCUAUAGAGCUAAAGAUGAAGGACUAUGUUCAGCUUCAGUUCCUCGCUUCUUUUACAAUAUAAAGACAAAAAGGUGUGAAGAAUUAAACUAUACAGGAUGUGGUGGAAAUGAAAACAACUUUGUUACUCAGAAGGACUGUUGGAAGGUCUGUCGGAAAGCAGGGAGAAAACCAAGUUUUGAGAGAGUAACUAUUCGGAAACCAAGAAAACCCCAAACAAACGCAUGAGAAGUCUACGUAACCAUGUGAAUGCCACAUACAUGCUGGAAUGUUAUGAAGUUUCUGGACGCACUAUUUUCAUUUAUUGGAAGUGUUACUGUAUAAUGAAUUGUCUGUUAUAUAAUAGCUGUAUGUGAUCAGUUUCUGAAUGUAGCAAGAUGAUCACCUUGAUCCAGUACCGGCAGUUUACACAAUCACCCUUCUGAAUUGUCUCCCAUGUAUACACCUGUGUAAUCUGCUGUGGGAGAUUGAUACCCUAAUAUCCCACAACUAGCUUUCUUUCACAGAUCUUGACAUGGAGGAGUAAACUCCAGAUGCACUGCUAUACACAAGGAUCUUACAGAUUAUGAUUGGUACUGCUCUCUGAUCAUCGCAAGUGAUUUGGGUGGCGGAGAAGACAUUGCUUUCAUAGGCUUGGGGACACAAUAGGGAAGAGAGACCUACCUGUACCUGAAGAUCUAUGGAUCUUAUUUAUGCUGCAUUUUCCCCAAGGUUUUUUUUUUUUUAAAUGUAAAUUAUAUUGUGUAUGGAAAUUGUCCUGCUGUUUUUAGAGAAAGGCUGAACUACUGCAAACAUGAGGCAGAAAUUAUAGAGCUUUUGAUUUUGAUUUUUAGAUAUAGAAUUACCAUACACAUUUGACAUUCUUUCUUUAACUGAUGGGUGGACAAGCUUUUUUCAGGAACAUAGAAAGAACUCAAUAUUGCUGCUAUUAAUACUUCUGCUGUGAAUAUUUCAAGAAGAAUGCAAAGGAUAGGCAUGUCUGAUUAUUGGGGAUGGGUGUGAUUCAUUUAAAUAAGCAAGCAUUACUUGUCCCCUUAGCUAAGCAGGUUGCAUAUGAAAGGGAGACCUGAUGUGCGAGCACUGUAAGAUAUUCCCCUCACUGGAUGGAGCCGCUCUGGGAAGAGCAGGUUUCAAGUUCCCUCCCUGGCUUCUCCAAGAUUGGGCUGAGAGAGAUUCCUGCCUGCAACCUUGGAGAAGCCACUGCCAGUCUGUGAAGACAAUAUUGAGCUAGAUAGACCAAUUGUCUGACUCAGUAUAAGGCAGCUUCUUAUGUUCCUAAAUUAAAAAGGCAAUACUGUGUUUGACAUCCUUGAAUGUUUUGGUGCCAAAUUCCUUAUUGUGGCUUACAAAACAUGAGUAGGUCAUAAUUUUAAUUGGUUUUGGUGAUAUACAUAAUUAUAAAAUUUAUUAGCAAAGGAAUUUGACGAGAUUUUUUUAAAGAUAAAGUUUAUGAAAUACCUUGUU